AUGAAAGGCUCAUCAAUUCUGAAAUGGACGUCUUAUUUUGGUAAAUGUGCAGGAAACUUAUCAGAGUCUAUUAAAACUUCCCAGAGGGUUGGGAACACUUAACGUUGCGUGCUAUAGCAAGCUAUGCAGCUUUAAAUGGUUGGAGAUUUGGCAGAUGCCUGUUGUUGUAGUGGCUCACAGUCCCGUGAUGGCUUCUGUCUCUGUGUCUCUCCAGGGAGCAGCUUUGUCAACUCCAGGGGCUCUCCGGGACUCCUGGGCACACCCAGCGGGAACGGCCUGGGGAAAGUCAUGCCCACCAAGUCUCCACCGCCCCCUGGAGUGAACAUGGGGAUGGGAAACCGCAAGCCAGACCUGAGAGUGGUGAUCCCCCCAUCCAGCAAAGGCAUGAUGCCCCCACUGGUGAGUAGCCUACAGUCCCCACUCCUCACUGCACAUGAGCAGACUGUAGGAACACUCUGUAUCUCUCUCAGUCCCAGGGCCGGCUCAGAUUCUGCCUCAGAAGCAUUCUCCUUUCCCCUCACGUGUGCAACAGAGGGAGUUUUAUUUUCCCUUCACAGGAUCGUGAUGGUAUCAUUGUGGUAUAGCGUGAAAUGUUGGAAAUGUUUUGGAGCAGGAGACAAGGUCCUCUCUGCCUGAGGAUAUCAGUGCUGUCUGAGGACCUCUUUCUUCUUGGUAGGUCUGGUUUACGUGCAGCUUAGAUUCACUUCCAUCAACAAAUCAGCGAGUGGCAUUCGUUCUUAUUUGAUCACCUACAGGAGCUAGACUCUGGACAGUGCCAAGAACACAAACAGCACUAUAGCUACUUGGGCUAUAUUUCUGAGGCCCAGUCACUCAAUUAUUCAUAUUGAAAUUAUAGGCCCUCUCUAAUUAUUAUAAUUAAGGUGCAGAGAGCUCUGACCACAUUGAGCACCUGAGGCUACACUAGACUGCCAUGGCCAUAAAUCAAAAUGGGAAGAAAGAGAAAGGGGAAAAAAGUAUUCAGAAAUUGGCCAGUAAUUGACUCUUUCCAACCUGCAUGUUGCUGGAGCUCUCAGCAACGGGAGUUCCUCCAAGACACGGAGGCGUUGUUUGGUAAAUAUACCUGUGGUUACCGUGGCGUGGGCACCCCUGAUCCAUCCACCAGCCUGGAGCAGGGGAUCAACACGUGUAUGGUACUGUUACCAUGCCAGCAUCUGGAAGUGGUAGAGCUCCACACCUCACAAAGACAAAGCAUUAUUUUAGAUCUAACUGGUAGAAUGGUUCAGACAGAGAGAAUUUAGAAGUCCUGAAUGUGUCAGUAGUAUUGAGAUGAAAGGGAGGGCCUGCUCUGCUCUGUCAGUGUAAACGCAACGUUCCAGAUAGGUUAAGGCUGUGGGGGCUGGCAGGUCUGCAGACAGCCUGUCAUUAGGCCAUAAUGGUAUUAAAUUAAUCACAUCUCAGUGUGACAGAGUGAGGAUGAAGGCUUAAUCAGGGGCCCAGUGUGAGCCAGAUAAUAUCUUGUCGCCCUUGUCGUGUCUUCCUGACGAUAUUGAUUGAGUGUGGGUAUUAAGACAGUCCUGGCCAGGGCAGUCUGUCCCUCAGCACAGGGAAGAUGGAAGAAGGGCUUCCAGUUAGCCUCUUGUCUAGCGGAACAGUAGGCCUCACAUACAGAGAGACCCCUGUAAUCUACUAGGUGAAACAAAAAUGCACAAUAUGCAGGCUUAGUAAUAUGCAGGCUUAGUAGUACUGUAUCAAUAUAUUACAUUGACUGUUACCUCGUUGACUACUUUACAUGAGCUACAAAGGUUUUGUUACAUUACAGUUUGCAUUGAGUUGACCUAACUAGUCAGUUUUAGUUUCUUGAACACAGUUUAUUUGAAAGUGGAGAGCCUUCCAAAUGAGUCACGUUAUACCCUCAGGAUUGAUGAUGUAAUUAGAUUGACAGAGUUAUGUAUUGAUGCAUGAGAGGUUAAGAACUUAUUCAAUGUGAGGUUAAGUCCAAGUCAUGAAGUGUGUUUGCUGACUUAAACUCCUUACCUUAGAGUUUACCCAUUUCGGUUUUACAUCAGUAACCUUUUGAGUAGCGAAUAGUGAUGGAUCCAAAAUGAUAGGUCAAACUCUGAAAUGGUCACAAACACAAUGCUAAAGUGUUAUAACAUGGUCAUUUAGCAGACACUUUUAUCCAAAGCAUUGUACAGUAUUGCAUUCAAGUAUUUCAGGGAAGUUCAUGAGUCCACAAAGAAAUUGAUUGACAUUGCAUUUGACAAAGAGGGUUUCGCAAGGUAACAUGAAUAGCAGAGGACAGAGGGAAUUUUUAAUGGCACGUCUAGAUGACUUUUACUCGUGGAAUACAAUCAGGCAAUUAGGACUUUGGUUUUCAACAUCAAAAGGGUGACUGUAGAAGCUAUCCUGACCUUCUCUUGUAACCCUGCCUCUCUUCUUCUCUUCUGUUGAGAGCAGUCAGAGGAAGAGGAAAUGGAUUUGGUGAGUUUUAAGAAAUGCCUGAGAAAAAUGGCUGAAUGAGCACGCUUUAAAUUUCAUCGUAACAACAGAAAGAGGCAGAUAGAUCAGUAAUACGUGUUCAGGGGUGACAGCUGUACUUGAACUGUAGAUUUGAAUAACUUGAACUGAGUUUAUUUAAUUUGAUUGAAUGCAUUUUCUUUUUAUAAAGACUAAAUUGAGAAAUGAACAGCAGCAUCAGUGUGUCACUGCGUGUUUUAGGCCUGGCCUAUUAAAGAUGCCUCAACCUGUCUAAUGUGCUGUGCACCGCCACUCCCAUGUGUUGUUCAGGGAAUUCCAGUCAUCCUGCUGGGGUUUGUGUGUGUUUCUGUUUGUUUGCGAGUGAGCACACGAUGCACAUGUUCACAAGAACAAGCAAACAUGUCAUUAUCAAUCUUGUGUCUGGUUACUUCAAGAAAGUAGUUUGGACACACAUCAUCAAAUAUUAUUUAGUGAAAACGAAAGGUUUCAUAAUAUCAAUACAAUUCCAAAGUAACUUCCCAAGAAGGGAUUUCAGAUCUAGGAUUUAUUUUUCUCAUGGGGAGGGAUUGUAUUGAAGCUUGCUUUUGAUGAUGUCACCUCGUUGGAGAGAAUAUGAGCAGCGGAUAUUUAUCAAACUGUCAUGAUGCAAUAUUGCCUCAAAUGUAACCCUCAGCUGGACUAUAUUACAAGUAACCAUAUCAUAUGAUAAGGAUAUGCCUUAUGUGUUUGCUACACUGAUUAAGUAAAGGUGUCUCUUGAUGUUAUUCCCACCCAGCUCAUGCUAAAUAUCAUUUUGCAUCUGUCAGGUGCUAGCAAAUACAGUGCCUUCAGAAAGUAUUCAGACCCGUUGACUUUUUCCACAUUUUGUUAGGUUACAGCCUUAUUCUAAAGUAGAUUAAAUUGUUUUUUUUCUUCAUCAUUCUACACACAAUACCUCAUAAUGACAAAGCAAAAACAGGUUUUUAGAAAUGUUCGCAAAUGUAUUGAAAAUAAAAAACGGAAAUAUAACAUUUACAUAAGUAUUCAGACCCUUUACUCAGUACUUUGUUGAAGCAUCUUUGGCAGAGAUUACAGCCUUGAGUCUUCUUUGGGUAUGACGCUACAAGCUUGGCACACCUGUAUUUGGGGAGUUUCUCCCAUUCUUCUAUGCAGAUCCUCUCAAGCUCUGUCAGGUUGGAUGGGGAGCAUCGCUGCACAGCUAUUUUCAGGUCUCUCCAGAGAUGUUAGAUCGGGUUCAAUUCCGGGCUCUGGCUGGACCACUCAAGGACAUUCAGAGACUUGUCCUGAAGCCACUCUACAUUGUCUUGGCUGUGUGCUUAGGGUCAUUGUCCUGUUGAAGGUGAACCUUCGCCCCAGUCUGAGGUCCUGAGCGCUCUGGAGCAGGUUUUCAUCAAGGAUCUCUCUGUACUUUGCUCUGUUCAUCUUUCCCUCGAUCCUGACUAGUCUCCCAGUCCCUGCCGCUGAAAAACAUCCCCACAGCAUGAUGCUUCCACCACCAUGCUUCACUGUAGGGAUGGUGCCAGGUUUCCUCCAGACAUGAGGCUUGGCAUUCAGGCCAAAGAGUUCAAUCUUGGUUUCAUCAGAGCAGAGAAUCUUGUUUCUCUUUGUCUGAGAGUCCUUUAGGUGCCUUUUGGCAAACUCCAAGCGGGCUGUCAUGUGCCUUUUACUGAGGAGUGGCUUCCGUCUGGCCACUCUACCAUAAAGGCCUGAUUGGUGGAGUGCUGCUGAGAUGGUUGUCCUUCUGGAAGGUUCUCCCAUCUCCACAGAGGAACUCUGGAGCUCUGUCAGAGUGAUCAUUGGGUUCUUGGUCAACUCCCUGACCAAGGUCCUUCUCCCCUGAUUGCUCAGUUUGGCCGGGCGGCCAGCUCUAGAAAGAGUCUUGGUGGUUCCAAACGUCUUCCAUUUAAGAAUGAUGGAGGCCACUGUGUUCUUGGGGACCUUCAAUGCUGCAGACAUUUUUUGGUACCCUUCCCCAGAUCUGUGCCUCGACACAAUCCUGUUUCGGAGCUCUACGGACAAUUCCUUCGAUCUCAUGUCUUGGUUUCUGCUCUGACAUGCACUGUCAACUGUAGGACCUUAUAUAGACAGGUGUGUGCCUUUCCAAAUCAUGUCCAAUCAAUUGAAUUUACCACAGGUGGACUCCAAUCAAGUUGUAGAAACAUCUCAAGGAUGAUCAAUGGAAACAGGAUGCACCUGAGCUCAAUUUUGAGUCUCAUAGCAAAGGGUCUGAAUACUUAUGUAAAUAAGGUGUUUCUGGUUUUUAUUUGUAAUACAUUUGCAAACAUUUCUAAAAACCUGUUUUCGCUUUAUCAUUAUGGGGUAUUGUGUAUAGAUUGAUGACAAUGUUUUUUAAUUCAAUCAAUUUUAGAAUAAGGAUGUAACGUAACAAAAUGUAGAAAAAGGGAAGGGGUCUGAAUACUUUCCGAAUGCACUGUAUGUCUCACUUUUAGAUCAGAACGAACAAGUGUAGCAUUCAAAGUUGAUAUUAGAGGUACAUAAUGGACAGAAUGUUAUAUCCUCAGAAGAUUUUAAUAAAGCAUGCAUAGAUCUAUAAAUUGUGGAAAAUUAGGCCAGUGUGUGUGUGGGCCUGAUGAGUGUAGUUGGCUGCCUCAGAGCUUGUGUGGUCCUGUUGCUGCUGCUUGAAGGCACUGCGUUGUGUGUGACUGUGUGCUUGGAAUAGCAUGCCAGCCACUGCACCCAGGAUUGCGGUUUUAAAGGAGUUAGUAGUAGCUACUGUAUAUUGUCCAAAUUUAGGACCUGUCUCUUUUUGUGUUAGUCUUAAGAAAUCUGCAAUUUUUGGUAGCCAAUGAAUUGACCAUUGCUUUAUACACAUUCUGUAAACAAUUUGAGUGCUGAAGAGCAUUUGCCUUAGCUUGUAAGGAAAAUUGAAUACGAAAAAGAUUGCAUAUCAGCACCAAUCCCACUGCUGUAUAUGGUAAAACAAUAUUUUACUUCAAAACUAUACUCCCUUUGCUGAUUAUGUAUAAUCCAUAAUCCCUACAUUGCAUAUCUGUUAAGAGAUUCAUCCACAAACAACAGCCCUCUUCUCAAUAUUGGACAAAAACAUGCAAUGUCUUUACUUGAUGGGAUUGAGUUUGACGCUUAUUGCGUGUAUUGUCAAGCCGUUGUCAUAUGACAAGCCUCAAUAUGUUAUCUGGAUUGUAACUACACAUGUGACAUGAAGCUACAGUGCCACCUCUUGUUUGAAAGUAGUAUCGCAACACAUUUGUCCACUGGCACAAUAUUAAUGGUCUUUAUCAAGUUAGUGCUUAAAAACAUUUUAAAACGUAAUCUAUAACAACUGACAUUUUGUAUACUUUGGGUUCACUACAGUAAGCCCUUUAAUACCAUACUAUGUUGCUUUGUUCAUGAAAUCUGUUUUUUCCCGGUUCUGUUUGCAGAACACCCAAAGGCUAAGCAGCUCCCAGUCCCAGCCACUGGCCACCCCAGUAGUGUCUGUCACCACCCCCAGCCUGCCCCCCCAAGGCCUGGUCUACUCAGGCAUGCCCACCGCUUACAACACCGGUGAGUCUACCCCUCUGUCCCUUGCCACGGCUGCCUCAGCCCUGCCUGCUUGGCUGUUACUGAUUGGUCUGGUCUCCUGUGGUGAGAGGUGUUGCUGCAGUAGCAGUGGGAGUGUGUGUAACUCACUGUUCUCUGGUGCUGUUGUUGUUGCAGAGUACUCCCUGAGCAGUGCAGAGAUCUCCUCCCUACAGGGCUUUGGCUCUCCAGGGCUCUCUCUGGGCACCAUGUCGGCAUGGCAACAACAUCAACUGGGUCAGGCAGCUCUCAGCUCUUUGGUGUGAGUAACACACUAGCAAACACAUGCACACACAUUAAGAAACCCACACUCAUGUAUAGAAUAUACAGUACAUGCACAGACAUUAUAUACACAUUCAAAGUACAUGUGGUCCUCUGUAGCUCAGCUGGUAGAGCACGGCGCUUGUAAUGCCAAGGUAGUGGGUUCGAUCCCCGGGACCACCCAUACACAAAAAUGUAUGCACGCAUGACUGUAAGUCGCUUUGGAUAAAAGCAUCUGCUAAAUGGCAUAUUAUUAUUAUUAUUACAUAGCUUGAACUCCUUCAGCUAUCCCUUUUCCAACCACCACUCCAAGAACCUGAUCUAUGUCACUUUCCAAAUGGCCACUGAGCCCAUGCUGUUCCUCUCCACAGGGGUGGUGGUCACCUACCUCAGGGCUCCAACCUCUCUAUCAACACCAGCCAAAACAUCAAUAUCAAGUCAGAGCCCAUCUCCCCUCCGCGGGAGCGCGUCACCCCCUCUGGCUUCCACCAGCAGCAGCAACAGCAGCGGCAUCAGCAACAGCAGCAGGCGUCCAGCCGGCAGGACCUGGGAAGCUCGCCAGUGGACAGCCUCAGCUCCUCCUGCAGCUCGUACGACGGCAGCGACCGUGAGGACCACCGGCCAGACUUCCACUCCUCCUCCAUGGGGCUGAGCAGACCCCCAGCCGGCACCGAGGACAACAGGGCGAGCCCUUCUGUCAAGCGCAUGCGCAUGGACACCUGGGUGACAUAG